UAAGAUAAUAUAUUAUAUUUUAAAUAGAAACGAAAGGUAUGUAAAGGUUGAAAUAUAAUGUAGGUAUUUUUAGGCUUAAAAUUGUGAUGUGCAUAAAAUUUCAUUGAACAAAAAGUAUCCAAAAAUUUUACGUCAAUAAAUAAAUUUAAGCAGUACAAUGCGUCUUGUGCUAUUAUCAAUAGCACUACUUCUAUGCAGUGUAUAUGUUAAAGCAUUUGAAGACCCAACAUUAGAAGAUGAUGAUUUUGCAGAAUUUGAACAGUUUGAUGCAGAUGAUGAUGCAACUGUAGCAGAUUUCAGUGAAGAUGAAAAAGAGGUACCUGUAGAAAAGAAAGCCCCAACAAAAGAUAAAUUUUCACAACAAAGAGAUGUUGAAGAUGAUAUGCUUGUUGAGGAUGAAGACAAUGAGUUUGAACAUUUCCAAGAUCCUGAAGAAUUUGAAGGUUUCCAGGACAGCGUUCCGCGUAGUUCCGAACAACCCAAGAUCACUAUAUCUAAAGUUCCUAUAUCAGUGCGUCGCCGCUGGGACGCUUAUUGGUUAGAGGGCAUAUUGUGCUGUGCCCUCGCCGCUUACGCCAUGGCCUACGUUAUUGGUAGAGCAAAGAACACAUCAAUUGCUCUCAACUUCUUGAAGCUCCAUAAACCAUUGUUAGAAGAUAAUUUUACUCUAGUCGGAGAGACGGGCGCGGACGUGGCGUGCGCGGAGGGCGAGCGCGGCUGGCGGCGCGAGGCGGAGCACUGCUUCACAAUGUGGUGCAGCGGACGUGUCUGCUGCGAGGGCAUGUUGCUAACACUCAAACUUAUCAAACGUCAAGAUCUAGUGCACGUGGUGAUGGACCUUGGCCGGCCUUCACCUGACACACUGCUCGUGCGGGUGGAACUUGGCAAGGAUGACUGCGAUCCUUUCGUACUGUGUGUCGCACAGAAGAAGGUUGCCACCCGUCUCGCCAAGGAGAUGCAGGAUUUGAGUGUAUUCUGUCCGGAACGUCGUCCGGGUGACAAACACGGGUUGCCUGUCAGUAUGAACGUGUUGUCUGAAUGUGCGGAGGCGACGGCCGGUGUACUGGACUCGCGUCUGUGCGGAGCUAUCACACAGUAUCAGAAGCAUGUUCAAUAUAUACACAUCUCCGAUAGAUACUGCGGACCUAAGCUGAUGGAGGACACGGCGAUGACAAAGCCCCCGGAGACGGAGCGGGUGCUGCUGGCGAGCUUCGCUCUGAGUCCGGGAGGUGGCGGAGAUGAGGUGCGUCCGCUGCUGCAGCUCGUCUUCUACCUGCUCGAGAAACUAAAACGGCUCAGACUUAGCAAGGAGGCUCUAGCGAAGUGCGAGAAGCGUCGUCAGAAGGUGGCGGAGGCGUGGCUGCGCGGCGCACACGCAGCGAGGCAGGAACAGGCUGCGCAGAGACGGGAAGAAAAGCGCAAGCAGGAGAAGGAACGCAUACUUGCCGAGGACGACCCAGAGAAACAACGUCGCUGGGAGCUAAAGGAACAGAAGCGUCAACAAAAACGCAAAGCGCCAAAGCUGAAGCAACUCAAAGUGAAAGCUCUGUGACCUAUCAAAAUAAUAUGAAUGUCGUUCGUGUAUUGCAAAUCAUGUGCAGUUUUUUUUUCCUUUUUUGUUAAUUAUAAUUAAGUGUUAAAUAUACUCGAAGAAC